UCGAUAACCUGCAGCAGUGAAGCCUGAAGUCGGAAGAAAGAAUAAACCGAACAUCUGGCAGCCCAGUACGUACUUUACGAAAAAUCUGUCGCUGCUAUGAUGACUCAAUCAACUUGGUCCGUAUUUAACUAGAGUGUGAGUCAAGCCAAGCGGACAUAUGUCCACCUGAGCUGAAUCGGUACACCCGCUGCUGCUCACAAGACUGCGGCAUGUGAUAUCGAUUAGACUAACACCCACGGGACAGCUCCAGCCUUCCUUCAGCUGCCAGAGAUGCAGGGAAAGAUGAAUUCACUCAGAGUCCUGCUGGAUGAAGCCUCCAAGAAACACAGAUAAAGCGGUGGUCGUGUUUUUAGGUUUCUCUGCCAGCUGUAAACAAUUAGUUAAAUAUCCACCCUGGACUGAAUCUGCUCUUCGGGAGGUGAACCAAACAUGGUGCAUGUCUACAACUGCCAUCCUUUCUCCUCACAGCAGAUAGUGCAGGUGGAGCAGGAGCCUGGACUGGUCUGCUGUGGAGGUGGAGCGCUGUUUGUGGUUGCAACUGGAGGAUGCAAGGUGGAGGCCUACAGUGUGGAGCAGGAGGGCUGCCCUCUUAUCUGUCGAUUUUCCACCAUGGGCGCCGUGAAGAGCAUCUCGCACAGCAAGAUCGGAGAUUACCUAGUAACCAUUGAGGAAAAGAACAGUGCCACCUACCUGAGAGCUUACACCAACUGGCGCUACCAGGCGGAGGAGAAGGCCCGUGUUGGGGUGCGCUUGUUGGGCCACCUGCUGCGUGGGGCGUCUGUGCGGGGCGGAGUGCAGAUGGAGAUCAUUGAGAUCCCUCUGUCAGAACGUCCUAUCGCUGUGGCGUGUUGCUCCAUAACAGGAGACCUUCUGGUCGGUUGUGAGAACACUCUGGUUCUGUUUACUUUGAGGAGGCAGAACCAGCAGAGCCUGCAGACUCAGAGUCAGCAGAUCCUUCAGAGCGCCUGGCCGAACACUCAGCAGAGCUCCAGUCAGAGUCAAGGUCAGACCUCAAGUUCAAGCCAAAAUGUUUCCAUCCUGGAUUUUGAGCGCUCUGUUAUCCUGCAUCUACAGAAAAUCAAGCCUAAACAGGUGGCACUGUGUGGGGGAUAUGUGGCGGUGCAGGCGGAGCUGGAGGUGCUAGUACUGAAAUUGGAUGCAUCAUCUGAGCCUGAAAUCCCAGAAGACUCAUUGGACACAAAUAAAGCAGAUCAUCUAGAAGACCACUCUGACUUUCUGGUCCUCCAGAGACACCAGGAGCUGCUCGGCGAUCGAGCGAAAGACUGUGACGUCCCUGUCAGCAUUGAAAAGACCGGGCUGGAGGACAGAGGACAGUACACGCUGUCAUAUGUUCUCUUCAGGCGUUUUACUCCAGACUUCUUCCAGGGCUGCAGUGUGGAGGAGACUCAGCUGCACUCCUUACAGCUCCACCCGCUGUUCACCAGUAACCAGUCAGCGGCUCUGGAGGAACCAGCGUGCGUGUUCUGCUUCUUCUCUCUCCCCACCAUCGGCUACCUGUACAGUCUGAAGGGGGGUGUCGAGCUUCUCUCGGCCUAUCAGUAUCCAGAGAAGGUCCUGGAGGCGGUGCUGACGGACCACCUGUUGCACGUCAUAACAAAGAGUGCAUUGCAGUGUUUCACAGUGCGCUGUGCAGCAGUAGCAGCCAGGACUGAAGACCCCUACAUCGACACCACCAUGAAGGCCUGUCCGCCCUGCAGCCUGGAGGUGUGUGCGCUCAGGAUGCAGCUGUUUAUUGGUCUGCGGUCAGUGUGUGUCCACGGCCGCCACGUCAUCCUGCUGUCCACCGCCGACGCGGAGACGCCAGAGGAGACCGAACGCACCACACAGCGCAGAGGCCUGAGCAGGAAGUGGACAAUCUCUUCUCCCAGAGAAACCAGCACAGCGGGGCACGGCUGGAACCUCUAUGUGGUCGACACCGUCUCCCCCCUCGCUCUUUACCAAGAGAUGGUUGAAUACAGUCAGCGGUACACGGAGACCAACCCGCAGGCCCAAAGCCUUCGGCACCUCCUCAGUGAGGCUCACCUCCUCCUCCGCGCCUCCUUACUCCAAGCAUCAGAGCAGCAGAGGAGCAUUCAGGGUGAGCCCGCAGCGUCUCCGCAGGCAGAUACAGACAAACCGGCCGAGGAACAGACAGCGGCGCAGACAGACGUUCAAGAACUGGAGGAGGCUCUGAGGCGGAACUGCGCACAGCUGGGAGACAGUUUCAGCAGGGGCGGUCAGAGGGACUGCCACCUGGCUUUGCCCUACUACAGGAUGUCUGGCCUGUCAGUCACAGAGGUCAUGGCCAGGAACCGCCCACUCCCCAGCAGCCCUCACACCUACGGCCCCGGCUUCCUGUUUUACCUGAAGCACUACCUGUUAGAAGAAACAGAGCAGAUCCUCAGUCAGGAAGCAGCCGAUGAGGUCAUAGACAUUUUCAGCCAAUCAGAGCCCUCACAGCUCGUCAGUGUGUGUGCCAGCCCGCCCAUGAUAAAUGUCAGUCCUGCCCAGACAUUGCGAAUCUUACAACAUCUAGAGGACACCGCUGGCGUCUCGGUUACACUGACAAUCACCAUGGCAACCAUGAUGCUGCUUUUGGGCGACCUGCCACAGUACACACAGCUGAUGGAAAGACAUGCUGAGAUGGUGCUGGUGUACGGGUUCAUCGAGGAGCCGAGGCUGUUGCUGCACGGUGGAGGUGGAGGCCAGCACAUGAACAUCCAUCCUACGGCAUUGACUCGCCAGCUGGCCAAGACUCAGCCAGGGCUGCUGGUGGCUGCCAUGGUGGCUUUACAUGAAAACAGCAAAGUUCAGCUGGAACAGGCUGAUCACGUGUUCAAGGAGCUGGGCUGUGAGAACUGCUUACAGGUGGAUUUCUGGGAGGCGAUGCUGAUGGCCUCCUCACAGGAAGCUGUCAUCCAGGAGCUUCUGUUCCGAGUGGUGUCCGUCUACAUCGACCGACUGACAAACACAAACUCAGAUACACACCCCGGCCCCCCACACACACCUUCAAGACGCCGGCCGCUGAAGAGCGCUGAUGAUCUGAUCAACUCGUGCUCCCAUUACGGUGCUCUGUACCCUUGGCUCACUGUUCUCAGCCCAGCUCACACCACUAGCUCCCAACACCAGGAGGCGCUACACAAACUGCAGUCUCUCCUCUGUGGUCCGUCCCUGUCUAUGGGCUCUGUCGUGCCUCUGCUGGAGCGUCUGUCAGAGGAAACCUUAUGGGGCUUCAGCCUGCACCUCCUCUGUGCCACCAGAAGGGGGCAGUAUGACAGCAGCAUUGAAAAGCUGCUUGACCGAUGUCCUCAGGCCAUCAUAGCCUACGCCAAUCAUCAGUUACAAGAUAAAAAUAUGGUGUUAUGGUGGCAGAAGCUGCUGCCUGAGCUUUGUAACAGGACGAGAGAUGCUGCAGACAACAGCAUCCUAUUGGCUGCUCUCAGAGAGACGCUUGUUGUUGUUGCCAUGGAGACAAGCCCCGCAGAAUUUCUGGAGCUGAUACCUGACGACGGCACCGCCUCGUACUUCCUGCCUCACCUGUUGGCAUGUAGCCAGAGACACCUGGUGGCCUGACACAUGCACACACAUACACAUAGACACACACACACUCACACACACACACUCACACACACACACACACUUCAUGAAUUGACAAAGACAACAUGAACAUCGGUUUAACAUUCAUUCAUCCAAACUGAUGCACAGAACAACUGCAGUCUACUGUCGGUACCUGAACUGCAGCACCGGAGCAGUUGGGGGGGGGGGGUCCAGUGAUAAGACCCUCAACAGAGGUGUUUGAGUAUUAUUCAACCUUGCAAAACUCAAAAUAUAAUUUUGGCUCUCAAAUCUCUAUGCUGCGACCAGCAAUUUGUUUGUCCUCAGACAAUCAUAUACAGGUUUUGCAUGUUUAUGAUGGCACAAGUACUUGACCACUUUUUCAGUAUUAAGCAGUUAAGAUUGGACAUUUAAUACAGGGCAGGUCAUGCAGAGUAGAUAUGAUUAAAAAAAUGGUUUUAGGCUCCCCUGCAGGUUCGUGUUCCUGGGAGCCACACAGACCAGCCUGUAUAUCCAGUAUACAUUUCUUUCCCUGGAUUUUCAGUUCACUGUUUGUACAUGGAUAGUGUUUUAUAUGACUGAGUUUUGUUUGCCAUUCACAUUGUAGUAUGUUUUAAUUUUUGUAACAUUAUAAAAUGCUUGUAUCUGCAUGCUGUCACAGCUGCACAGAAACAUUUCUUAAUGUGGUCCAUAUUGUAUGUGGUGAUAAAAGCCUACAUGUUUUAGUUAAUUGUUGUAAUUAAGAAGAUAAUUUAUUUCAUGUUUUGUUCUCCCAACUUGCAAGAGUAAACAGUCCUUAAAUUUCAAAUGUAGUUUCACAGCUGUUGUGUCAAAAACAUUUGAUUAGAUCAGUAUUUACAUUAUGCAGCAACAAUCCCAACAGUUAUCAAUCAGUUGGUUUCUGUUUGAUUCACACUGUCUCUGCUGAGUGAAAACCUUGUAUCUCUGAGAUGUCAAAUUGUUUUCAGUUGGACAAAAAAAAUGUCCUCAUCAUUAAAACAGCGAGUAUGUUUUUCAUUUCGUUGUCCCAAAGAUUUUUCAAACUUCUAUCAGCUAGUCACCAAAACUUAUUAUAUUACUCACACAACCCUGCUGCUGUCAACUUUUUCUUUUUUAAUUAAAGAAAACUUUGAAACCUGUCA